AAUUGCUUGUUUUCUUGUUAAUUUCUUUACGGAGAUUAGUCUGUGCAAAGGAGCAUUCAUUCCGGCUAUUCUGGCCUCCGUCAGCAUAGCCUCACAUGGCUACUGAAAGACAAAGAAAUACAAAGCGAGGACACAUGGAUAUGCUUGAAGAAAUGAAAGAAGUUUAUUGCGCAAUCUCGGAUAGAAACUGGGAUGGGUUGAUUAAUUACUAUAAGCGUCGUCCUGAGCACCUGCUGUCUCCGGUGAAUAUCAAUGGUGAUAGGGUAUUUCACUUGGCACUGAACAGCAAAAAGAAGAAACCAUUUGAAGAUCUUCUUGAAAUUGUCACUUCUAGGGCAUUUCCGGAAAAUACCGUUCGGGAUAUCAUCCUUACGGAAAACGAAGAGAAAAACAAUAUUCUUCACGAGGCUGCCAUCGUUGGAAACUUUGAGGUCAUAAACUUCCUGGUCGAUGGCCCCUACAAAGAACUAGUAAAGAAGCUACUUGGGCUUAAAAAUGUGGACGGCGAGGUCCCACUGUUUACAGCUGCUGCAUUUGGUAGGACAAAAAUAGUCAAGUUCUUAGCGAGUCAAGAAGGACAGAUUGAAAUAACAAAUAAAGGACAAACAAUUCUCAAUAAGAUAGCAAAGGAUAGCAGAAAAAGAUAUGUUGAUGGGAAAUCUAUCCUUCAAAUUGCCAUGGAAGGACAACACUUCGAGACUGCUUUGUGGUUGGUUAAUCUUGAUGCAUCACUUACAGUGUGGAAAGACACCACUUCAGUGUCGGAGGAUGAAGAAGGCACGAUUGCACAGAAAACUUCUGAGCCCCAGCAAAGGAUAAACAAGGAGAAAAAAAAGUCGUUGGGGGAAGAAAUUCCCUCGACUUCAGAGUCGAAUGGGGUGAAAGUCGUCCGUCUGCACCGACAACAGCUCUGCCCCAACUAAAAGGAAAAAAGGAGGAAAGCGAGGAUGAGCGCAGUAUAAGUGCAAAGUCGUCGAAGGAAGAAACUCCCAAGGUUUCAGAGUUUGAGAAGGGUGAAAGUCGCCCGAUUGUUCGGAAAACUGCUCUUCAUGUUCUCGCUGAUAUGCCUUCUGCUUUCUGGAGUGGAUACACCGUGGGGAACAUUUUUGAAUACUUGGUUUACUUUUGCAUUCCCGGCAUAGAUGUGGAAGAAAAUGACAAUCAAGAGGCAGAUUCAAGAUUGCAGGAAGAUUUGGAGAGUGGCAAAACAUGCAAUCCAGAAAGCAGUUUAUUCCACAACUUUGUGGCUCAUUUGAGAGAAUCAAAAUGUGCCAGACGAUUGACUCGCAAAAUCAUUGAAGGAUGCCCAGUAGCGGGAAGAAUAUGGGAAGAGAAGAGAAAGCACAAAUUUGCUUUGCAACUUGCCAAGAGGUUAAUAAGGAAUACUGUUUGGGUGGAAGAAUUUGAUUCAGAUCAAUUUAACUGGAGUAGAAUUCCCUUAUUAACUUCAGGGAGGCCAUCCCCUUUGUUUAUCGCAAUUAAGACAGGAAUACUAGAGAUUGUCAGUGAAAUUAUUGAUGCGAUUCCUCAGUAUUAUGUGGACCUUCGUAACAAUAAAGGUCAGAGCAUAUUGCAUUGGGCUGUGAUGUACAGACGCGAGGAGAUUUUCGACCUGUUAAAAGAUAAGGGAAUGUCAUGGGAUAAGAUGGCUCGGAAAAUUGAUGAUGAUGGUAACACCUUGCUGCACCUUGUUGCGGACACCAAGCACUACACUGGAGGCACCAAGCCCGGUCCUGCACUCCAACUACAAGAAGAGUUACAGUGGUUUGAUCGUGUGAAGUCGGUUGUUCCCUCUUACUAUCCCUUGCUUCGAGCAAAAAUGAGUAAAGAGUGCCAAAAUGGGCUAAAAUUUGCGCGUGUGAUUGCAAAAGAGGAAUUCAAAAAUCCUUUGACUCCAAGAAUGCUCUUUGAAUUGACGCACAAAAAACAACUUGAAGAAGCGCAGACAUGGAUUAAGGAAACCUCUCAGUCAUGCUCUACUGUUGCUGCCCUUGUUGCCACUGUUGUUUUUGCUGCUGCCUACACUGUACCUGGAGGUGUUAAUGAAAGGGGCUUUCCUGUUUUCCUACGUGCUCCUUAUUUCAUAUUUUUCACCGUCAUGGAUGUGAUUGCCUUAGCGUUCUCCCUAACUUCAGUUGUGGCUUUCCUCUCCAUCCUCACUUCUCCAUUUGAAUUUGAUGAUUUUCGUCGCUCUAUCCCUUGGAAACUUAAUUUUGGCUUCAUUUUGCUCUUCUUCUCGGUGAUUAGUGCCAUGCUUGCAUUCGGUGCCACCAUAUUACUAGUCAUUCGUUCUGAGAAAGAAUGGACAACAAGUCUCAUUUCCAUUGCUGCUUUCUUUCCUGUAUCGGUAUUCACAAUAUUACAAAUCCAUCUAUAUCGGACACUAAUACAAGAUGCUUUUGAAACAGCUUGGAAAAUUCUUCCUUGCUUUGGAAUGUUUUCUCAAUCCCGAGCAAGAAAGCAACAUUGAUAGUUAUUAUAAGAGUGUUAGAUUCUUAUCCCUGUUUCAGUUAUAAAGAUUAGUUUGUUUGUUGUAUUUGAUCACAUAGUUUCAUAUAGUCAUCUGUUGUUUCUAUCAGCUAUAAUUUUGUACUAUAAAAGCUUUGUACUUGUGUUGUUCAAUGCACAACUAUUGGAAAGUGAGAUAUUUUGCUGUUGGAAAUUUUUUAUGUAAUGUGUUAGUUCAAAAAGGAAUGGCUUUCCAUGUUUGUCGGAAGAAUUAAAGGAAAUUUGUCUAAGUGUUAGGUGUGUGUUUAUUAACUUGUAAAAGGCAUUCCUUUGCCAAUAAAAAGGAAGAGUGCUAGAGCUUUGAGACGUGUAU